AUGUCAAACCCGGCACCAACUCAGAAUUUGCCCAGUCCAGAGAUUCUCAAACAUAUCGUCGAUGUCCAUUGUCACCCUACGGAUGCUCCAGCGGGAGUCGGAGCUUCAUCGAUGCAGAAUCUUUCCAUCACGGUGUGUGCUAUGUCGACGAUGCAGUUCGAUCAACACAAGGUCAGGGAGCUGGCUUCGUCGUAUCCCGAGAAGGUCGUUCCGUGUUUUGGAUACCAUCCAUGGUUUUCCCAUCUGAUUUGCACGGGCGCAUCACCGUCGUCAUCGUCGUCCAACAAAGAGAAACAUUAUCGCAAUCUCUUCCUUCCCAAUACCGCGCCCACAACUUCGAAUGGUGAUCAAGACUGUGUUCAAAACGACGGCGACCAGGAGAAACGUGCACUCCUCGAAGCCCAAUUCCAAACACUUCUUGCAGCAUUGCCUGAGCCUCGGCCAUUGUCAGCUAUCAUAGCUGAGCUGAGAAAGAACCUGUCCGAUUUCCCCAACGCGAUGCUCGGCGAAGUGGGACUGGACCGCAUAUUCCGCGUGCCUAUCGAUUACUUUGCCUCCCCACGCGUGUUGACGUCGUUCACGAUCCCGCUGGAGCACCAACUCACUGUCUUAGAGGCACAGAUGGAUCUGGCAGUCGAGCUGGGCCGGAAUAUCAGCAUUCACAGCGUGAAAUCGCAGCUUGCGACGACCGAUCUUUUGGCAAAGAUGAGAUCCAAAUUUGGGAACCAAUGGAAUAAUAUCAGUGUUGACCUACACAGCUGUGGGCUCAGUCCACAGACGUGGCGUGAAUUGGAGAAAAAGCAUGUCAACGUUUUCUUGUCGUUGUCGACAGUUAUCAAUCAUAAGCACGCUAACCAUCGGGCGCUGAUAGCUCAGUGCUCAUCGAAUCGGAUUCUUGCUGAGUCUGAUUACAACGAUAUUGAUAUGUGCACACCUCAAACUUGGGAUAUCAUUAAAAUCAUUGGUGAGGUAAAAGGUUGGCCUGUUGAAGAAAAUUGGAUCGACGAAAAUGAAAUCGAAGAAAACGAUUGGGGCGUCGUACGCAGAUUGGAAAAGAAUUGGUUUCGCUUCAAAAAUGGCCAUCACCCACUACCGCCUAAGAAGAAACCCAAGAUGAAAAAUUAUGACACUGAAGAUUCGGAUACUGGGGAAGAGAAGUGA